CAGUACCUGUACCAAGUGCAAUACCGACCAGGAUCGUCAAACCCUGGUGAUGUGUUGUCCCGUCAACCAACAGAAACCUGUGAAUGGUCUCCUAACACUGCGGACAAGUAUAUCAACUUUAUUGAGAGCCAUGCUGUCCCCAAAUCAAUGGCUCUAGAGGAGAUUGCUGCUGAGACAAGUACUGAUUCUGAGUUACAAGCUGUGAUCAAAGCAGUGCAGACAGGACACUGGUAUGAAAAAAAUGAUCCAAACUGCAGGUAUGUUACAGCUUAUCAUAAAUUAAAGGAUGAACUGUCUAUUACUAACAAUGGUAUACUUUUACAUACGUGA